UUAAAUUCGCUUUUGAAAUUUUUUUACUCUAUUCCAAAAUAACUACCCUACUUAAAAUUAAAAAAAAAAAAGAAUUUAUAUAUAUAUGCCUUAAAACGUCAUACUCCGUGCAAGCUUCGUGGAAUGUCUACGAAGUACUUACUUGUGAGCUAUAAGGAAGUAUUACAUGUUGAACUAUUCAAGGGAAGAAGUUAAUAAGAAAUAUGGAUAGCAGAGAUGAUACUCAAGCAAAUCCAUUUAGUAGGCAGCACUUUUUUUCUGACCAAAGCUUACUUCGUGACCAGAGCUUACUACGUCAACAAAUGGCUUAUUUAUCACCACAGCAAGUUAUAGGAGUUCAACCUCAGUUGCCUCCAGCUCAUGUAUACCAUGGUCGUCGUUCUUCUUUCAAUCCUUCAGAUGCUGAUGAAUCAAGGAUCAAUCAAAGACAAGUUCCUUUGCCCAUUGAUUUAAACUUGAGUAACCAUGUUCCUGCAAAUCCUUGGGGUAUACCAUACUCUCCUCCAGUAAAUACUAUUAAUCCUCAAUUUUCAUAUCAAGGUUUACCUCAAUCUAGAUGGAUAAAUGAGCAAAAUUCUUUACUUUCACCUGAAUAUAGGGAUUCCGGACUAUUUUCUUCUCUUUACCGACAAGUAUCUACAAUGCAAACAUUUCAGCAACAGCGAGACACUCAGCAAAAAUCUGAUCUUGAACAAGAGCGAGAAGUGCGCUCAGUUUUUCAAAGAGACCAAGAAACAUUAGCUCGUGAAUCUAAUAUUCAUCAUGAAGUACAAAAUAGAAGUCAUUUCCAUCGUGAUGAUAUAAUUGAUGUGCAGCAAAGCAUUAAUAGGCAGAAUAAUCAAGCUUUUAGUCCUAGAGAAACUUUUAAUUCUGAUCAACACAUUCAUCAAAGUCAACGGGAUAUUUUUUUGAGCAAGGACACUUUGAUUAUUGAUCCCUAUUUACGCCAGAGUUCCCAGGUUGACACAAGAACAGCUAAUAAUCAAGGUUCCAUUUCAGAUCUUAACAAGCAAAGUAUUACAAAUCAAUCUCUCAUAUAUUAUCCAGAGGCUUCAGCAACUAACAAUGACAAUUUUAACUGGCAAUCAUCUGGGUUAAUAUCAGGUUCAAAUGGUCACCAAUACUCAAAGUCAUCCAUUGAUGACUCAUUUUUAAACAGCUUGGACACAAGAGCAUUAAUAAGUAGCCAGUAUUUAAAUAGCCAGACUUUAAUAAAUAAUCAAAUGACUAUUAGAGAAAAUGUUCAUGUAAAUAAACACCUUGAAGACAUUGAUUUUAAAAUUGAUCAACAUAUAUCUGCAAUUCAUAUGAACCAACAGAAUAAAGUUUUAGAUACAAGGAAGCCAAAUAGUGAUCAGAACCAGCAAAAUUCUAUGUAUAUGACGCCUAGAUUUGAAAAUGUUAUAGAAGAUCAAGUUCUACAAAGUGAUCGGUUGUCAAAAUAUUCUGCAAAACAAAAUUCAAUUAAUCAUGAAUCCAUUACCUCACAGGAUGCUGUAAUCAGUUUUAAUCCGUACUUGAAUGCUUCGAGUGAGCAUAAACAAAACUCACGCAGCAAUGAAUUUUUGCGGAACACUAACACUAAAAAAAGUGGAACUACUGUUUCAUCUCCUAACCAAAUUUCCUUUUCUCAGAACAAUUCUGUUCAAGCCACACAAAAUAGUGCUGUUAACAUAAAUAUUAACAUAAAUAUGCCAGCAAAUCAUCCAGCUUUUCCAUAUAGUUUUUCUCAAAAGCAAGCUCUGCAAACUAGAGAACCUUCAAUUGUGAACUCUAAACCAUCCAACUUUUCUGGGGUUGAUGAUGAUCCUUGUUUUGAUUUUGAAACCAGUCAACCAACCUUUAAUGCAUCAAAGUCAAUAAGUAAAUCUAAUCCAAAUAGAAGUUCUCAUAAGCCAAAGAUUUCACAAAUGAGUUCAGAUACUUUACUAAAAAGCAAAAGUAAAGAAUUUCAAUCAAACUCAAGUGUAAAAACAACCGAGGAUACUUUUAAACAAGGUAUGUUACAUCAUAUUUCUGAUGUUGCUUUAGGAUUACAAAAUGAAUCUAACACUCUUGAGCAUAAACCAAAAAUGAAGUUCAGCAGUAUAGAAUGCUUACUAGGAAUGAAAUCACAAUCUGGUAAUAGAACUGUUGAUGCGAAUGCUCUACAUGUUAAUGAAUCAAGCCUUGAGCUUGCACGUAAUGCAAUGGAGAAAAAAGAAAGAAUUUCUGUUAUUAAACCUCUUCCAGCUGAAAAUUUUUCAUUUGAGGAAAAAACUGAUGUAGACAGUUCAUACUCAGUUUCUUCAGUAACCUGUUUAUCAAAGCCAUUAGUAUCUCAAAGUUUAUGUAAAAAAGAAACCCUUUUGAAUGAUAAUGUUAUUCCAAAAACACCUAUUUUAAAUUCUACUAUUAGCAAUCCUAUGUCUCCACCUUCAAGUCCUAUUCUUACUUUAUCCCCAACUGGAAUGAAGCCUGUUCAUCCAUCAUUACGGUUACAAAAUAAUUCUUUAAAAACAACCCAAAAUGACAACAUAAGACCAUUAGAACAAACUUCAAAUUCUCUGGCUUCACACACAGAACAAUUAAUUUCAUCCCAACAAACUAGCAAACCUGGCAAUCAUCCUGUUCACACUGGAAAACCAGCUAGUUUUUCUUCCUCAUUUUCUGAAAAGCGAAUCAGUGGAAAACCAUUAUCUUAUUUACAAUCAAUGAACCAAAUAAAAAAGACAAACGAUAAUAACCUUUCUACAAAGAAAACAUGCAAUAAUGAGGUUUUAAGAAAAGGAUUAUUAAAUAAAGCUAAAAAUACACCUAUUAAACCACUUUUACUUUCAACAGACAAUAUGAAAACGAAUACUUGCAACUCUUUAAGUAUAUCAUCAUCAGCUAAUCAAGUUACCAAAAAAGUUAUUCCUAGCGGUAAACCAUAUGCUCAGUUAAAACAAAUGGCAUUUGAAGAUAAUGCAGGCAAUAGUGGUUCAAUGUCUUCAUCGUCUGAAGAAGAGUCAAGUGAUGAGUUUGAACAAGAAGAAGAUGAGAUGUCACAUUCUAGCAUUAGUUCUUCAUUUAUUUCACAAGACAUGGAUAUCACUGGAGUCAAGAGAAAAGCAAGUCACGAUCUUGAAGUAUCUGGAAUCAAGCAGAACAAUCUGAAGAAAAGAAAAGUGUUGGAUGAAUCACUUAUUCUAAUUCCAUUGCAAAAAGGAUGGCGCAGACAAACAAGGUUAAGACCAGUAAACAAUGGUGAAGGAUUACGUGGCGAUGUUUAUUAUUAUUCACCUUGUGGUAAAAAGCUAAGAACUUAUCCAGAAAUCAACAGUUAUAUGAUCAAAAAUGAAAUAACUGAUCUUCAGCUUGAUUACUUCAGUUUUUCUAUGAAGUUAAGAAUUGGAGAGUUUUUGGAAUCUAAGGAGGAUAAUAAAUUUGAAAAACUGACAGAAGAAGAGAUCAAUUCAAGGUUUGAUGGAAUGUUUGAAAAAUUGCGUACUUCAAAAGCACGGUCAGAGGAAAAACAACAAAAGAGGCGAGCUCAAAGUGAAAGAAAGCAAAAAUUAAUUGAAGCAAAACAAAAGAAAAAACAAGAAAUAAUACUUAUGAAAACUAUGAAAAAAGAACAAAAAAAACAAGAAAUGAGAAGGAGAGCUGAGGAAGCGCGUAUGAGAAAACAGCAGCAAGCAGAUGCUGUGAAAGAAGCAAAACGUUUAAAAGCUCAAAAUAUUAUCAAUGAAAAGCAAAAAGCGAAAGCAAAGAAAGAGCAGGCAAGACAACUAAAGCUAGAAAAACAGAGGUUGGCAAAAGAAAGAAAGCUAAAAGCUGUAGAAAAUUUAAAUAAAGUUAAGACAAAACAUAAAGCUUCGGAUAAAGUUUCUAAAGAAGAGGAAAUAGCAAUAAAGAACAAAGAAGCUGUAACACCAGUGAAGACUAAAGAAGAUGAGGCAACAGUGCGAGCAAAGAUGCGUGAGAUUAAGCGUCAGCAAAUUGUAAUGAGUAAGGCAGAAGAAAAAGAAAAAAAAAGAAGAGAGUUAGUAAUGAUGAAAGCUUAUGAAACAAAACGAAGAGCUGAGGAGCGUGAAAGAAUUAGAGAAAACAAACGUUUAGAAAAAACAUUGGUUCGUCAACGUAAAUUGGAACAACAACACUAUGAGAGAAUGAUUGCAAGAGAGCUUAAAAAACCUAUUGAUGAUAUGUCUUUAAAAGAUCUAAGACCGCUUCCUGAUAUUCCGCCACUACCUAACCUGCAUAUCUCUGGAAAAGCAUAUGCAGAUAUUCUUAUGGUGAAUGAGUUUAUACAAACCUUUGGCCAUGUCCUGGAUGUUGAUUGUGUUAAUGAUUUUCCAUCAAUGGCAGAGCUGCAAGCAUCAUUACUGUGUGAAUCUGCUAGUGAAGAUGCUUUAUAUAAUGCAUGCCAGUCUUUACUCAUGUUUGCGCUUUUUGACCCUGGUGUUUCUGGGAAAUAUUCAACAUCAAUACUUGGUGUAAAUUUGAAAGAUAUUGAACUAAAUGAAUCAAAUAUUUCUGAAGUUUUGCGUUUGUUUAUUUUAUCACGAAAUGAUGGAAGGCCAGAUGAACUAUCUGAUGCUUUGAUAGAAAAACCGCUCAUUGGUUUACCACCAACAGUUAAAGCUGCCAUCCUAGCAUUCGUGUGCAAUGAGUUACUGUGCGGUAAAGCUAUUGGAAGAGAAAUAGAAAAAAGUUUGGAAAAUACAGCAGAUUUAAGAAGAGACAAAUGGAUUUUGGAAGGGGAAAUGCGCAAAUACAAAGCAGACUUAAUGAAGAUGAAACCAAAAGAUAAUAAAAAUAAUUUUGAAAAGAAAGUAACAGAAUCAUGCGGUGAUAUUAAAAAUGAAGAAGAUUAUAAGGAUUCUGAAGAUGAAAAGGAAAGUGAUACUGAGUUUCCUGAAAAUAAUUUAGGAGAUGAAUACAAUGAUUCAACAGAAGCAGAUAGUGUCGAGUUUUUUUUGGUAGAUUGUUUUUCAUUAACCAUGGAAAAAUGUGAAAGAGAAAAUAUAGAAGAGACUAGCAAUUUAUCUACUGUGGAAGAUAUAGAAAAAAAAGUCAAACAAGUAGAGCAAAAACAUUUUGAAUGUCGUAACAAGUUAUUACGGGCAUCCCAUAAUAUUAGAGGCAUACAUUUAGGUCAAGAUAGAUACAAGCGUCGUUAUUUUGUUUUACCAAAUGCUGGUGGUGUUUAUGUGGAAGGUUUAGAAAGUGGAUAUUUUGAUGAAAGUUUAACAAAAAGUAUAAUAAAAGAAGAUAGUACAGAUGCUAAGCCCUUAAACCUUUUUUCUUUUAAAACUGAAAAUAUUUUAAGCAAUUCUUCUGAUUCACAACAAGCAGCUUCAAUACCAUCAAGGAACCAGCCAGAUGUUGUUAAAUCAGAACGUUUUGACAAUUUUGUUUGGUUUUCUAUUGCCAAAAAAAGAACUUGCAGUGAUGGAAUAAAAUCUGUUGUCAGUAAAAACUUUAAUAAUACAAAAACCAUAAUAGCUCCUUCUGUUGUACAAUUGGGCCAGGAUAAAAAAUUUCUUGAAUCUAUAUAUGGAAAUAAUGGUACCCCUAAUUCAUUUUUACCUGAAUCUCAAUCAUCGCAGUGUGUUUCAAAAUUAUUACUUGAUUUACCUAAAAGUAUGGACAUGAAUAAUAUUAUAGAAAAUAAAAAAAAAGUAACAGAACUUUUAGAAAUUCAGAAUGUUGUUACUCAAGAAAUUCCGACUGAAAUGAAAAAUGGUUGGUGGAGAAUUACUGAUCCUAAUCUUUUGUACCAAAUAACUUCUGCUGCUCAUCCAAGAGGAAUGAGGGAGAGACUGCUUCAAAAAAAUGUUUCGCGUUAUGCAGAUUAUAUUGCUCAAUCUUGUAGAAACAGCAACCCAUUUUUUUCACUUGUAUUUCCUGAAGAUGAAAAAGAAUCAUGUAAAACUCCUACAACGAAUGUCAUGAACUCUUGGUUUCCACAAUUAGUAUAUGCAAGUGAUAAAGCUGUUUUGAUUGAAGUAGAAGAAUUAGAGGAAAAAGUUUUUUCUGCAAGUUUACAAGCAAAGGGUUGGCAUUUAUCUCAAAAGGUUUCAUCAUCACUUCAAUUUUCUACUGAUGAAAAAUCUUUCAAAAAUGAAAAUAUUUUAAAAAUUGCAAGUUCACACUUACUUUCACUCGAAGCUGGUAUAGAGCGUCGUUACUUGAAGCACCCUUUCCGCUUAGAAAAGGUUCCUAAUAAAAAUGAAGAAGAGGAAAGUUUGAUUAGUUCAAAUUGCCAGCCAACAACCCCAGCUCUUAAAUUAUGGAGAGAUGCUGUAACUGAAGCUCGAUCAUGUUCACAGCUGUCUAUGUGUUUGUCAAUGCUGAAUGCAUGUAUUGCUUGGGAAAAGUCGAUUAUGAAAGUGUUUUGUAUUUUAUGUCGUAAAAGUGAUAAUGAAGAUCGGUUGUUACUAUGUGAUGCUUGUGAUCGUGGUUGCCAUAUGUACUGUUGCAAGCCAAAGUUAGAAGUGAUUCCAGAAGGAGAUUGGUUUUGUCCUGAAUGUAUAUUAAUGGCAUCUGGAAGUGAUCAAUGUUACUCCUGUGGAACUAAAACUGGGAAAAGAAUAAAAUGUGCAUUCUGUCCAAGAUAUUAUCACUUGCAAUGUUUAGAGCCACCCCUUAACAAAUCUCCGCGUUCACCAUGGUCUUGUCCUGUUUGCAAAAAAUUACGUCUAAAAAGUAAAGUACCAUCUAAAAAAAAGCCAUGUAUUGAACAACUUGUCAUAGAAGAAGAGCAAAGACACAAAAUAAAGCAACCUAAGGACAUGGAGCUAUGCAAACAAAUAUUAUCAGAAAUGGAUAGCCAUGAACAUGCUUGGCCUUUUCUUGUUCCUGUUAACAAUAAACAAUUUCCUGAAUACUACCAAGUUAUUAAACAUCCAAUGGACUUUCAAACUAUUGAAAACAAACUGAGAGAAAAUCAAUAUAAAAAUCGAGAAGAUUUUGCUAAGGACACUCGUCUUGUGUUCAAGAAUUGUAAUAUUUUUAAUGAAGAUUUCUCUGAGGUGGGUAAAGCAGGCAAGAUAAUGUCUCGAUUUUUUGAAAAACGUUGGCUAGAAUUAUGUUCUGGCGACAAAAAACAACAUCAAGUCACAAAAAAAGAAAAAACAUCAAAUGAAAGUCGUAAAUUACACACUGAAAAAAGAGAAUCUUCAAUAAGUGGAGUUAGUAGCAGUGAAGAAGUAUCGUUUAGUGAAUCUGAAAGUAGUGAGAUAGAAGAUGGUAGUGAUGAUGGUUAGUUUUAAUAACUUAGAGACUAUGCGACUGUUUCGGGGGUAUUUUUGUAGUAAAUAUUUUUACAAUUCUUUUGAUGUAUAAAUUUAAUAAACCGAGUUUGACAACUGCAUUCAUGAAAUUCGCAUUCAUAAAAUGAAGAUGUUCAGCGAGGUGUACAAAGAAUAUUAUGAACAAUUUUUACUGCGUUGUAAAUAUAUAUACCCUGUUUUCAGAAAAGGAUAACUCUUUUCUCCGA